UACGGGGAUUUAAACGAUGUGGUGUUGCUGGUUGUAUGCCGGCUUGCCUCUUCUUUGCUAAGACGAAAUGGCGAGAAGAGCUCUGUUUUCGUAAAAUUGAACUGGGCGGCUGUUUUCAAAGUAGAGGAGACCGGAGAGGAUUUAUAAACUAUUGAACCAAAGAAGCAUUAGAAGACCAUGUGGGUUUUUUAUGUGGCGGCCUUGCUGGGCUUCUAUUUCCUGCUUCGUUGGUACCGUGAGAAACAGAUUUUGAUGAACCUGACAGAGAAACAUGUCUUCAUAACUGGCUGUGACUCUGGAUUUGGCAAUCUCCUGGCUAGGCAGUUGGAUGCAAAAGGCUUUCGGGUCUUGGCAGGUUGUCUGGCGCAGCAGGGAGCAGAGAAGCUGAAAGAGGCCACAUCAGAACGGUUGCAGACUGUCCUCAUAGAUGUCAACAGCACAGAAAGUGUGGGCAAAGCAACAGAAUGGGUGAAAGGCCAAGUGGGAGACAAAGGACUUUGGGGAUUGGUGAACAAUGCUGGCGUUUCUAUCCCAACCGCGCCAAAUGAGUGGCUGACCAAGGAGGAUUUCAAGAAAAUCAUAGAUAUCAAUCUACUUGGGGUGAUUGAUGUGACCAUACAGAUGCUACCAUUGUUGAGACGAGCCAAGGGACGUAUUGUCAACGUUUCCAGUGUAAUGGGUCGAUUGAGUUUCUUUGGCGGAGGCUACUGUCCUUCAAAAUUUGGGGUGGAAGCUUUCUCUGACAGUCUCAGGAUUGAGCUCUGGAACUUUGGAGUGAAAGUCUGCCUAAUAGAGCCAGGUUACUUCCAAACUGCAGUCACCAAUGAUAAAAUCUUGCUUGAGAACUUUAGGGAAAUCUGGGAGCAUCUUCCAAAGGAAAUCAAGCAAGCAUAUGGAGAGUCUUAUUAUAAGGAAAUGCUCAAAGGAACAUCUAGGAUGCAAGCCAACUGUUCUCCUAAUCUUUCUCUGGUUACCAACUGCAUGGAACAUGCACUGACUGCUGUGCGUCCUCGCUUCCGCUACACAGCUGGCUGGGAUGCAAAACUCUUUUACCUCCCUAUAAGCUAUAUGCCAACAUGGGUAUUCGAUCUAAUAUUCUUGAAGUCUUACCCCAAACCAGAACAGAGCAUUUAAGGUGGAGGGAUGUUAGAUUCCAAGAGGGAAGUUUGACAGUGAUGGGGUGGGCCUGGAAACCUAUUGAUUUUAAGACCUUUCAUUCUUAUGUGGGUUUUUAUAUGCUCUUCUUCCUUUUAUUGUAUGAUUCUUGUUUCCAGAAUAUAUCCUAAAUUAUCUUUCACUACAUCAGACCAGUUUCCUUGUUACUUAGCUAUGUGUACAUACAGUACCUGUGUUCCCCCCAUCUACCUCUUCCAUCAGGUAUAGAAGUGAUGCUCUCCUAGGCUUUGACUCUAAAGUAUUAUCAAGGCAAGAACAUACAAAGUUUUCCUAUAUCAAAUAGGACCACCGUUCUAUCCAACUUGGCAUAUUUUCUUGGCUCUCUAAGGUCCUGGUGAUUGGGGACAAGGACGAUUGUACCUCCAAAUGUCUGCCACUGAGCUAUGGCUGGGAGCUGCUAUAGCUGCACAAUGAUAGAACAUAGAGCCAAUUAUUCAGGACUGGUUCAAAGACUGCAGAUGCUUCCAGGCAGAUAAGCCAAAUAGCCUAUAGCCAGAUGGUCCUCCUGGCUGCAUUCUGUUAAUUGAGGAACCAAUCCACAAGGAAAACCUGCUUUCUGAAUAUACUGGGCACACUUGGGACAUUUUUACACUUUUGCACAUUUUUACUCCCUUUGUUUUGUACUACAGGUUUAUUCCCACACUCCCCAUAAUAAUUUGUUCUGCCAGAGCCCUUGUGAAAGCCACCUUUAUUAUUUGUUGCUUAGCCUAUUAGUAACUCUUUCAGGGUUACUUUUUAAUGCAGAUCACCGUAAGUCCUAACCAAAUUAAUAUUGUUUGCGCCAUUUAAUAAUCUGUCUUUUGUCUAUGCUGUUUAAAUCACAAAAUUAAUACUAUAUUUUAUCUUUGUUUUUAAAUGGUAAUAAAAAAACUCAUGGUAACCACCCAUCGUGGAAUAAAGCAGAAGAAUUAAGUUGAUUUGA